GAAAUUAACUAUAUAAGAUCUUAACAAUUUUAGAAGAGGCAUCAAAUAAAGUUUUAGCAUCUUUCAGUCAACACAGACCUCCAAGACAAAAAACCAAAUCAAAUCAAAAUGUUCAAGUUGGUGGUGUUGUCUGUUCUUUUAACCGUAGCUGCUGCUCGUCCAGGAUACCUCGAAUCAUCUCCUGUUGUGUACUCAUCUCCAAUUGUCCAUGGUCAUUCGUACUCAUCUCCAAUCGUCCAUGAUCACAGCUAUGGAUCUUAUGUCAAGGCUUUGCCCAGCACAAUCUCUCAUCACAGCUCAAGCGUCAUCCACGAUUCAACUCAUUACGUUGAACCAAUUGUUGCCCCAGUCGUUAAGACCUACGCAUCUCCAAUUGUUAAGUCUUAUGCUUCUCCCAUUGUGAAGUCAGUGUACAGUCCAAUUUCAUCAUAUGGUUCUCCAAUUCAUCACAGUUAUUCAGCUCCAGCUCACUAUGAAUACCUCGAAUCGGCACCUCAUUAUUCACUCCAUGGAUCAACUCCAUCUCAUUAUUCUUAUGGACAUUCUUCACCAUUCUCGUAUGCUUCUUCAUGCACUAGUUCCGAAGUUGUACAACUAAGCACCUCCGUGGUAAAAAGCAUUAGCAACUCAUUUGUUCUUCUGUCAACACAGACCUCCUUAAACAAACCAAAACAAAACCAAAAAAUCUUCAAAAUGUUCAAGUUGGUGGUGUUGUUUGCUUUUCUCGCUGUAGCUGCUGCCCGUCCAGGACUUUACCAUGAAGCUAGCCCAGUUGUUUAUUCAGCUCCAAUUGUGCAAGAGCACUCAUUGGCCAAGGUUGGCGCCAUCGUCAAGAGUGUACCAACAGCUGUGUCUCACCAAAGCUCCACUGUUGUCCAUAACUCAGCUCAUGUUGUUCAACCAAUUGUUGCUCCAGUUGUGAAGACUUAUGCUGCUGCUCCUGUCAUUCACAGUGCUCCAUUGGUACAGACAUACUCUGCUUUGGCUGCUCCAGCUCACUUAAGCUAUGCUGCUGCAUCUCCAUAUGCUCUGCAUUCAGCUCCAAUUUCUUUGCAUUCGGCUCCAGUAGCUUAUGGUCAUGGAUGGUAAUUUUUGACGAUGAAAACGGGUAGUUGGACAGUUAAAUUUAUUUAUUUUUGUUAAACGAAUGAGAGUUAUUUAGAAAAAAAAAAAAUAUAUUGCAUUGAAAGAA